UUUCUAUCCAUAAACAUGAGGAACAUUCUACAGUGGAGUCUACCAGAGGUCCUGCAAGGAGUUGAAGUCACUUACACUGUACAAUAUUUCAUAUACGGGCAAAAAAAAUGGCUGAAAAAGUCCGACUGUAGAACUAUCAAUAGAACCUACUGCGAUCUCUCUUCUGAAACAUCUGACUAUGAACACCAGUAUUAUGCCAGAGUUAAGGCCAUUUGGGAAACAAAUUGUUCAAAAUGGGCAGAAACUGGAAGAUUCUAUCCAUUUUUAGAAACACAAAUUGGCCCACCGGAAGUUGCUUUAACAAUGGAUGAGAAAUCUAUUUCUAUUGUUCUGACAGCUCCAGAAAAGUGGAAGAAAAAUCCAGAAGAAAGUUCCAUUUCUAUGCAACAAAUAUACUCUAAUAUGAAAUAUAAUGUAUCCAUAUAUAACACUAAAUCAAAUAUGAUGUGGGCCCAGUGUGUUACCGACCACACACUGGUCCUCAGUUGGCUGGAACCAGACACCCUAUACUGCAUCCACGUGCAGUCCAUUGUACCAGGACCCCCUCGCCUUGCUCAGCCUUCCGAGACGCAGUGUGUCAGUACUUUAAAAGAUCAAACACCAACGUUGAAGGUUAAAAUCAUCUUCUGGUAUAUUUUGCCAAUAUCUAUUACUGUAUUUAUUUUUUCUGUGAUGGGGUAUUUCAUGUAUAGAUACAUCCAUCUUGGAAAAGAGAAACAUCCAGAAAAUUUGAUUUUGAUUUAUGGAAAUGAACUUAACAAAAGAUUCUGCAUCCCUGCUGAAAAAAUUGUGAUUAACUUUAUCACCCUCAAUAUUUUGGAGGAUUCUAAAAUGUCUCAUAAGGGUAUGAGCUGCAUAGAGCAAAGCAAUGAUGUGUUGGACAUGAAUGAUUCUGGGGCCCUCGGGGACUGGGAGCCCCAGCCAGACGGUGUGGAGGUGAAACACUUAGGGUAUGCUUCACACUUGGUGGACCCUUUCUGUGACUCCGAGGAAAGCACCAAUGGUCCUUCCCCUACCCAACAAGUGUCCCUCAUCAGAAUACAUGCCACAGAUAAAGCAGCCAUUACUCCCUUUUGUGCACAGCCUGAAGAUCACAAGAUCGGUUUGCUAGAAGAGGUGUCUGUACAAGGAGCAUUAUUUGAGCAGCAAGAAGCUUUGACAAACUCAGACCCCCAAAAGCAACAGAAUUCAUGCACCCUUCAGCUCAGAGAGGUAGACCUCGGGUCACAGGAGCACAUGGACACAGAAGAGGUGCCCGAGAAAGAACCAUUGGCCACGUUCGUGGAUUGGGAUCCCUGGUCUGGCAAACUGUGUAUGCCUUCUGUACCCAACGCCGAACACUAUACAGAGGGAUGUGAGCAUCCUGGGUACGCAAGACACACAGGGGAGGGACUUUUAUCUAGACUCUACCAAGAGGCAACUCCAGACAAGCCAGCAGGAGAAAAGGAAGCCUAUCUCAAGCAAUUUAUGGAGGAAUGGGGAUUAUCUGUACAGAUGGAUGACUAAUAGGCAGGCUUCUCUUUGUCAGACAUCUUACUAGUACAAGGCACAUGAGUGCAAACUCAUGAGUGGCAGCAGCAACAAAAUA